AUGGAGACUGGUGGGGAGGCGGCGGCAAACGUAGGCAGCGCUCUGAGGAAGAGAAGAACGGGCUCCUCGGAGCUGACAAGGGAAUCGGCGGAAGCGAAAAGCGACCGAAAUGGCGACGAAAAGCAAGAGGCGUCCGAUAAGCCCGAUAAAAGUGAAAAAAAGAGCGCGGUGGCUGUGCGAAGCGGGUCGUUCUGGCUGACGCGAAUCGUGUUACUGCGCUCCGUUGCUUUUAUUUACUUCGUUGCCUUCUUCGUGGCCUACAGCCAGAACAAGCAGCUGAUUGGUGACCGAGGCCUCAUGCCCUGCAAGGAGUACCUGAGGAGCGUGAAGCGUUAUGUGGGUGGGAAGAUUGGUUCUGCUGCCCUGGCUUACACACCCACCCUCCUCUGGUUCCUUGACUGGGAUGAUAUGGACACCAACCUGGAUGGCAUCGCCUUGGCUGGCCUGGUGCUGUCUGGCUUUGUGCUGUUGGCCGGCCGGGCCAACACGGUCAUCAUGUUUCUGCUCUGGGUGCUGUACCACUCCCUUGUCAGCGUGGGCCAGCUCUGGUAUUCCUUUGGCUGGGAGAGCCAGCUGUUGGAGACGGGCUUCCUGGCCAUCUUCCUGUGUCCGCUGUGGAGCCUGACACAGCUGCCUGAGGGUUGCCCGCCCUCCAGGAUCUCCAUCUGGACCUUCCGUUGGCUCAUCGUCCGCAUCAUGCUGGGGGCGGGGCUCAUCAAGAUCAGGGGAGAUCGCUGCUGGAGAGACCUGACCUGCAUGGACUACCACUAUGAGACGCAGCCAGUGCCCAAUCCCAUGUCAUACUAUAUGCACCACUCACCCUGGUGGUUCCACCGCUUUGAGACCCUAACCAACCACUUCAUCGAGCUCAUCGUGCCCUUCUUCACCUUCUUGGGCCGCCGCAUGUGCAUGGUCAACGGCAUCCUGCAGAUCCUGUUCCAGGUGGCCCUGAUCAUCAGUGGCAACCUGAGCUUCCUGAACUGGCUUACGAUAGUGCCCAGCCUGGCCUGCUUUGACGAUGCUGCACUGGGGUUCCUGUUUACCUCUGGCCAUGGAGGGGUCAAGAGGACCGUCUGUAGGAUCCAACAAGAGGAGGCUGCUGGGCAAACACCACCGCCUACCAGAGGUAUGUUAAUCCGGCGUGUGGUGAAUGUGUCUCUGGCCAUCCUCAUCGGUUACCUGAGCAUUCCUGUCGUGCUGAACCUGCUUAGCUCCCGGCAGGUGAUGAACACGUCCUUUGACCCGCUCCGUAUCGUCAACACGUACGGCGCUUUCGGCAGCAUCACUAAAGAGCGCACAGAGGUGGUGUUUCAAGGAACGUCCAGCGCCGACCCGCAAGACCCAGCAGCACUGUGGGAGGAGUACCAGUUCGUGUGUAAACCAGGAGGUGUGACGAGGAGGCCCUGUCUCAUCUCUCCAUACCACUACCGACUGGACUGGCUGAUGUGGUUCGCUGCCUUUCAGACGUAUGAGCAGAACGAGUGGGUGAUCCAUAUCGCAGGCCGCCUGCUGGCCAACGACUCCACGGUUCUCUCAUUGCUGGCAUACAACCCUUUCGAGGGCCGGCCAAACCCGAGGUGGGUUCGAGGAGAGCACUUCAAGUACAGGUUCAGCACCCCGGGCAGUGCCAGUGCAGCCCAGGGAAAGUGGUGGAUCCGCAAGAGGCUGGGCCCUUACUUCCCUCCGCUGGACCUGGUGGGCCUCAGAAAGUACUUCUCGUCCCGGAAUUGGCCCCACCCGGACCUCCACUGAGUGGAGGGAUGGUGCCCCCUGCUGGUGCGGGUGCAGAGCAGGUACCGCUGACACGCACUGCGUGAGGAUGGGUUUGAAGAACGAGGACACGUUUAGGCUGAGUCGAUCCGGGCACUGUAACGGUCAGUGGGAUCUCUGCUCUGCUUGUUUUGGACAGAGGACAUGGUAGCCUUGUCACCCUUGUCUCUCAGCGCUCAUGUUUAAUGAUCUCACCUCAGCAUUUGUACACCUUUGGUCUGUGAAAAAGAGACAUUAUGUUACGCACACUAACACACAGCGCGUUUUGCAAAAUAAUACGGUCAUGGUUUGAAAUAUUCCUGCUGAACUGUUCUGCACGCAGUGUUUGUGAGCAGAGAACAUUCCGAAACAUUUGAGCCCCACUAGGCUUUCCUGCUCUUUUCAAAAUAAAGACUUCACAUUUGUUUCCCCCUUGGUUUUUAUGUUUUUUUUUUUUUUUUAAACACUUAGUGUGGAUCUUUCUGAUGUCACUGCAAAUGAACCACAGUCGACAGAUUGAACCGUUUCCUCUGAUGACUGUGCUGCUUCCUGAAAAUCACAUUUUAUUCUUUGUUUUUGCUCUAUUUCAUGUGUAUGUUAUUGGACUGUUAGACAUGUUACUAAUGUACAGGAGCUGACUGGAAAUGGCAGAAGCGACAUAUCCAUCCAUCCAUCCAUCCAUCCUGUCGUCAACUGUCCAACCAGUUCAGCUGACUAUCCAUGUGGUCGUCCACAUUAGUGUCCAUUUCUGAUAUGCAUGUGACACUGCAGUCACUGCGCCUUUAAUGUGUCCCCUUCCCAACUAGUCUCAGUCGGCGGGGCUCCCUGUCCCCCACCUGUCCCCCACCUCAGCUCUUCUGCACACGGUCCCGAACGGUGCUGUCGAAGUGUGAAGACCGCGAGCCGUGCCGCACGCGACUUGAGCCACCUGUCACCAGCCAAGCGCCAGUGGCUCGUGCAGGAAGGAGCGGAGAAGCCAAAAACUCUGUGUGUGUGUGUGUGUGUGUGUGUGUGUGUGUGUGUGUGU